AUGGCCGAAUUUCUUAUUUCGCAUGGUGCUAAUAUCAAUGAAAAAAAUAAAAUAGGGGAAACUGCUCUUCAUAUUGCAGUAUGUAAAAACCAUAAAGAAAUAGCCGAAUUUCUUAUUUCGCAUGGUGCAAAUAUCAAUGAAAUUAAUAAUGAUGUAAAAACUGCACUUCAUAUUGCAGCACACACUAAUAGUAAAGAAAUGGCCGAAUUUCUUAUUUCGCAUGGUGCAAAUAUCAAUGAAAUUAAUAAUGAUGGAAAAACUGCACAUCAGUUAGAAUCAUUUCAUCUUGACUUCUAG